GCCGCUGCCAGAUCCAGUCCAGUGUGUGCAGCAGACCGGGAUGGAAAACAGGAAUGGCGACGGCACAGCUACACUGCGCGAGCUAAAAGAUCAAUUAAUUCUCAUGUGAUGUUGUAGUCCAGACAAACGGGUAUUAAUAGCAUCCGGCUUAGAACGUAGACGGACCACCAGUCAAGGCAACCAUGGAAAUCUUUGGAAAUUCAGAGCGCUUUAAGGUUUUUCCACCUCUGGAAUUAGGAAAUGACAGCACGUCUCCGAUAGUUUAAAUGCAACUUUUACAUCUGGUUUAGGAUUGCCGGCUUUCAGUGAACAUGUUUAGAUGGACUCGUAGUUUUAGGUCGUGAGAAAUUAUCGCAAGCAGAUCUGAGCCACAAAACGCGAUUAGUCAGCUAGUUUCGUUGUAUGUUUUAGUUGUUUUUGAUUUUACGCUUACAUUUGCGUUUUUACAAAUCUUAAUAGAAAUGGAAUUUUUAAUGUAUCUUUUAUAACGUCGUUUAAUCUGUAAUAAAGUUCCUUUUUUUUACAACGAGACAAUCAACGGUGGGCUACGUUAACUUACCUGUAAAAAUGAGAUCUCUCGCCCCGGGCAUCAAACUCAUUACCUCUUUCUCUAGAGACAGCUGGUACAGAUUCUCUAUCCUCAUCCUCACGUUUGUCUUCUACACCAGCUACCACCUCUCUCGAAAGCCUAUCAGUAUUGUCAAGAGUCAGCUGCACAGAAACUGCUCUAAUGUUAUUCAUCCAGCAGACCUCAACAUCACUGACAAUGACACUUGGUGUGAUUGGGCUCCUUUUGACCGGUACAAUUACCAGAACCUAUUUGGAGUGUUGGACAACUGCUUCCUCGUUGCAUAUGCUAUCGGCAUGUUCUUUAGUGGGAUGUUUGGAGAGCGGUUACCCUUGCGUUACUACCUGAGCGCAGGGAUGCUUCUCAGUGGCCUUUUCACUGCUCUUUUUGGCCUGGGCUUUUACUGGCAAAUCCACUCUUUGUGGUAUUACUGCUUAGUUCAGGCCUUAAAUGGGCUAGUGCAGACUACAGGCUGGCCCGCAGUGGUGGCGUGUGUUGGGAACUGGUUUGGGAAGGGAAAGCGUGGAUUCAUCAUGGGAAUCUGGAAUUCUCACACCUCAGUGGGAAACAUUCUUGGUUCCCUCAUUGCUGGUGUCUAUGUGUCGUCCGCGUGGGGCCUGUCAUUCAUUGUGCCUGGUAUCAUCAUCGCUUGCACUGGAGUCAUCUGCUUUUUCUUCCUGGUUGAAAAACCUGAAGAUGUGAACUGUACACCACCACAACACCAUGAGAGUGUGGAGCAGGAGCCUCUUCUGAGGAACUCGUCCAGUAAUGAGGAGAUCUUCAACAGUCACACAUCCACAGCCGUGGAGCCGGUGGAGGAUCACACAGAAGCCAUCAGCUUCGGCGGAGCGCUCAAGAUUCCUGGUGUGGUGGAGUUCUCCUUAUGUUUGCUUUUUGCCAAGUUGGUCAGCUACACCUUCCUCUACUGGCUUCCUUUAUACAUCGCUAAUGUUGCUCAUUUUGAUCCUAAAGAAGCUGGGGACCUAUCUACAUUGUUUGAUGUUGGAGGAAUUGUGGGUGGCAUCCUGGCUGGAUUGAUAUCUGACUACAGUGGGGGCAGAGCCACUACUUGCUGUGCCAUGUUGAUUAUUGCUGCUCCUAUGCUGUUCCUGUACAAUAAGAUCGGCCAGAAUGGCUUGCCAACCACAAUUGGCAUGUUGCUGUGGUGUGGUGCUCUCGUGAAUGGACCCUACGCCCUCAUCACCACUGCUGUAUCAGCUGACCUAGGAACCCACGAGUGUCUGAGAGGGAACUCUAGGGCACUGUCCACUGUGACCGCCAUUAUUGACGGCACUGGAUCAAUAGGUGCCGCUAUUGGGCCUCUGUUGGCUGGUCUGAUCUCUCCCACCGGUUGGAACAAUGUUUUCUAUAUGCUCAUUGCUGCUGAUGUACUGGCCUGUCUGCUAUUGUCCAGACUCGUCUAUAAGGAGGUCAGAGGAUGGUGCGGAUACACUACAAGGCAGAGAGGGUGAAUAUCCCUAAUUCACUCUUGUUCUUUGCGUUUAUGGUGAAAUAUGUUCAAAGAGAUCUGAGCUGUCUGUGGAACAAGUGAAUAUCACACCUGCGACGGAAAAUUACCUGCAGCAUAACGACAAAAAGGGACCAAGGACUGAUUCAACACACCAAGCCUUUUUAUGCCCAGGGUUAUUUUAUAUGAAAAUUGUAACAUGAGACUUUCAUCCUUUUAUACUGACAAUGGAACAAAGCUCAGCUGCUGAGGUGAAGGAGGAGGAGAGUUACACACACCCUCGUCCACACGUCGCCUGAGCCGGACGAACACAAGAGAAUCACUAAGCUCCUUCAUUUUAAUACAGGAUGUUUUAGUGACUGAUACUUAAUCCAAAUGUACCUUUUUUCUCGCAUUAAAAUAUGCCAUCAGUGCUUCGUCCUUUUA